AUGGCAAAGCGACAAAAGUGCUGUGUGAUAAGUGAUGCUCAGAGCAUACUAAAGACGUAUAACAUCAAUGCAAAAAUUGAUGAAGCACAUUCAACCGUCAUCUUGGAUGGUGCCAUAUUUGUAGAUGCUAAAACACUGGCAAGGCAUGUAGUCUCGUUAAUGCGUACUGCUAAUAACACUAGGCGGUACGAAGAAUGGCGUGAUCUACCACUUGCAGGACGUGUUUUACGCUCGACUAGCAACAUCGGCUUAGUAGGCUCCUUUGCUUGGCUGAAGCAAGCGAAAUUGUCGUCAACGGCAGUCAGAAAUGUACUAGCGGCGCAAGAAGGAUGUUUACUAACCAAAACACACCCUGCGCAUACCAAGCAUUCAGCCGAUCUGAGUUGUAGAGCAUGUAGGAAGAGUAAAGAAACAAUUGCGCACAUCAUCUCCAAUUGUCCCACAUGGCUCCCAACCCUAUAUGUGGAUCGACACGACUCAGCAGCUAGGAACAUAUACUACAAAUUAUGUCAGAAAUACGGUCUUAUGCCUCCUCACUACACGCAGCAAGUAUUGUCGGUUCAAGAGAAUGAUACCAUCAAACUGUACUGGAACCAACCGGUACAGACAAAAAAAAUCAUUCGCCAUAAUAAACCUGAUAUCAUACUCUUUGAUAAGAUCAAGAAAACUGCUCUUGUCAUCGAGUUCGCCAUAUCAUGGUUUACAGGUAUUGAAAGGCAGAUAGACAUAAAAACAAACCGAUAUUGUGUCAAUGGAAACUAUGACCAAGAUCUGAAUGUACCCUACCCAAACGGCGAUAAUUUACUUCGUGAAUUACAAGCCGCAGGAUGGGACGCAUCGUUCUUUCCUAUAGUUAUUGGCGCGACUGGUGAAGUUCUCUUUGGUCUGAGUGGGAAAAUCAAGGAACAUCUAGGCAUUAGCAGCGAAGCCGCAGAUGAAUGUAUCGAGAGAAUGCAACAAAGUGCUGCAUUGGGAACGAGCAGGAUCAUCAAAAAUCACCUGUCAAAGAAAGCACGCUAG